UUUGGGGAAAGCAGGAAGUUGUCUUGUUGGGGGAGAAGCCUCAUGACAAACAGAACUGAGCUUCUUAAAUAUCCACAGAUAUAAACAUCGUUAUCUCUUUUUGUUUGAAUGAUUGUUCGGUGUAUGUGUUGCUUGUUUAUAGGCGGAUCUGACCGUUUGUUUUGCAGUUGUGUUGAGUGGCAAACUUCACACGCGCGUAGCAGAGGUCGCGACGAUAACCGGAGUGCUAAAUAAAACCAGAAUCGAGCGUGUUAUUUAAAGAACAGCAGCACCACAGCUCGACUCAGGUCAGAAUGGCGGAUGACUUCGAUGUUGAGGCCAUGCUGGAAGCUCCUUAUAAGAAGGGUGAAAGCAAGUCCUCUAGCGCCAAUGGUCAUAAUGAGGAACGCAGCAAAAAUAGGAAAAGACGCAGCAACAGUCGUAGUCCGAGUCCAGGCCAGCGGAGGAGUAGAAGCGGGGGCCGCAAGAAGAGCCGAGAACAACGCAAGAGCCGCAGCCGCGAGCGAAGACGUUCACGGAGCAAAGAGCGCAAGCGUUCGCGAUCCCGCAGCAAGGAACGUGGUGGACGUUUUCGUGGACGCAAAAGCCCCUUUAUGGGGCCGAAAUUAAAUGGUGGUCCCGGAGGGAAGACCGGCCCACAACAUUUCACCAAACACAGUCGCAGGAGCCCGUUUAAGAAGGACAGAAGCCCAUUUAAGAAGGACAGAAGCCCGUUUAAGAAGGACAGAAGCCCAUUUAAGAAGGACAGAAGCCCGUUUAAGAAGGACAGAAGCCCUUUUAAGAAGGACAAAAGCCCUGUCAGGCAACCAAUAGAUAAUCUGAGCCCAGAGGAGAGAGACGCCCGUACAGUGUUCUGCAUGCAGCUCGCUGCCAGAAUUAGACCCAGAGAUCUGGAAGAAUUCUUCUCCGCAGUGGGAAAAGUCCGUGACGUAAGGAUGAUCUCGGAUAGAAACUCUCGGAGGUCAAAGGGCAUUGCCUAUAUUGAGUUUGUGGAGGCCACAUCAGUACCGCUGGCAAUCGGCCUGACGGGGCAGAGAGUUCUGGGAGUGCCUAUCAUAGUCCAGGCUUCGCAGGCUGAGAAGAACAGGGCCGCAGCCAUGGCCAGCAUGCUCCAGAGAGGUGGUGCAGGGCCCAUGCGGCUGUACGUGGGCUCCCUGCACUUCAAUAUUACUGAGGACAUGCUCAGGGGUAUCUUUGAGCCGUUCGGAAAGAUUGAAGGCAUCCAGCUAAUGAUGGACAGUGAGACAGGCAGGUCGAAAGGAUACGGCUUCAUAUCAUUUGCAGAUGCAGAAUGUGCAAAAAAAGCCCUGGAGCAGCUAAAUGGUUUUGAGCUUGCGGGGCGGCCAAUGAAGGUGGGUCAUGUUACAGAGCGUUCGGAUGCGUCCUCGGCCAGCUCUUUCUUGGACAAUGAUGAACUGGAGAGAACUGGCAUUGACUUGGGCACGACGGGUCGUCUUCAGCUGAUGGCAAGACUCGCAGAAGGCACAGGACUGCAGAUUCCUGCCGCUGCCAAGCAUGCCUUACAGAUGAGCGGCUCUGUGACAUUUGGAAAUCUGGCAAAUGCCUCAUCCGCACCUCCUCUUCUUCCCAAUCACGGGAUGAACCAAGCUAUGAACCUUCCAACCCAGCCUCUGGCCACACAUUGUUUACAGCUCUCCAACAUGUUCAGUCCACAGAUGGAAAACGAACCUGGCUGGGACAUGGAGAUACAGGAUGAUGUCAUCGAAGAGUGCAAAAAACAUGGAGGAGUUGUUCACAUAUACGUCGACAAGAACUCUGCUGAAGGAAAUGUUUAUGUAAAAUGUCCAACCAUCCCAGUCGCAAUGUCGGUUGUCAGCGCUCUGCACGGGCGGUGGUUUGCAGGUAAAAUGAUCACAGCUGCCUACGUGCCCCUCCCUACAUACCAUAACCUGUUUCCAGACGCUGCCACAGCCACAGAGCUCCUGAGGCCCAUGAACCGGUGAUCCAGCCCGUCGCUUCGGAUCGGACCCCUUCCACCUACUGACCCUGCUUCAUCUGGAACCCGUGCAUCUGUACCCCUUCCCAAAUGAACUGCUUGUGGGCCUGAGACAGUCCUGUCAUUGAGGGCCGCUUAAUGUAUGAAGUUAGAUUUCACAGUUGGACUGCAUUUUCAGUCUUGUAAUUGCAAAAGCAAACUUCAGACCAGCUCUCAGCUUUAUGUACAGUGGUGUAUUGAUAAGUGAAAACCUGUAACACCGUCACCCUCUCUAGAUGAGUUCUUGACUCUUGGAAACCAGUUUUGAAGAUUCUGGGUUUUUUUUAAAAGGUAUUUUACCUUCUUUGUUUGUUUUUGUAAGGAUAGAAAGAAGGUUUCUUCUGCUGUUUGGUCGUCAAGUCAAGAAAGUUUUCAUUGAUCUUCAUCUUUUCAAGACAGACAUUGUGUUGUGAACUAUUAGUACCGGUACAUUUUUUUUCAUUCUGUUUCACUUUUAAACAACAAAAGACUACCAAAAAAAUUUGAAUUGUUUUUGUUUCUUCUUUCUGGAGAGAGUCUACUCAAGCUGUUUAGCUUUCUAAAACAACGUUGAAUUUAUAACUUUUCAUUAUCAAGAAUUGAUUUUUCUAAAAAUCUUCUACGAUUAAAUGACUUUCACAACACUGUGUAAAAA